AUGAAACUAGGUUUUCUUUUUAUAAUCUUUUCCGUAGUUGCUAAUCAUAGCAUAUGUGCAUACCCUAAUAAUAAGCGACUACCUAACAUUAAUUUGGUAAAAAGAGUGGACGUUGAGACUAGUAAUACAAAUGCAAUUACGAUUGCAAAUCGUUUGAAGCAAGCAACCGAAAACAAAUACUCUAGCUAUAGAGUUCUUAAAUCAACAUAUUCUAAUAUAACAGCUUCUAACAAUCAAACAUCUUCGAAUAUAGCAACAGCAUCCAAUAAAGCAACUUCUAAAAAUAUUUAUUCAUAUGUUGGGAACGGUCAAGGCACCACGCUUGUAAAAGAUAUCGCGUUAGAUAAAGGUUAUUAUGCAGAAAUGAUUGUUGGAAACCAAAAAUUUAAUAUGCUUCUAGAUACUGGAUCUUCGAAUUUCUGGAUUCCAAAUAAGAAUUGUACUUCUGCUUCUUGUCAAAAUCAUAAUAAAUAUGAUUCAAGUAAAUCACCAACUUUUAUACCAGAAGGUAAUUCGUGGUCUAUCGUGUAUGCGACUGGUACUACUUCAGGUGUUACCGGAAAAGAUAAUGUUCAAAUUGGACACAUUAUUGGUAAAAAACAAAUUAUUGGGUUUGCAGAUAUUGAAUCUGAUGAUUUUUUAACAUUUGAUAAUGAUGGAAUUUGUGGACUAGCAUUUGACAGUUUGAACUCUAUGGAUAAUGGUGCUCCAACAAUAAUCUCUACUUUAAUUACACAAAAGAAAAUUGAUCCAAUUUUUAGCUUUCAUUUCCAACAUUAUUACGAUUUUGAUGAUCAAGGAUCGUUUACUUUAGGUGGUGUUGAUGAAAGUAAAUUUAAUGGAAAAAUUAUAUUUUGCCCUGUGAUUCCUAAUUUAUAUACUCCUGGUUAUGGACUUUGGAUAAUAAAACUAGAUGAUGCAAAGGUUAAUAGUAGACCAAUGUCGUUUUCUGGAAGGACAGCAAUCAUUGACACUGGCACUUCAGCUAUGAUUAUACCUCAAAAUGAUGCUGCAGCAAUUCAUAACCAAAUUCCAGGAUCUUCUUAUCAAGAUGGUGUCUACAUUAUCCCAUGCGAUACCACUGCUAUUAUUUCUCUUAAAUUUGGAGGUGUUUAUUAUAAAAUUCCUUCCAGAGAUUUAACUAAUUCACCAAUAUCUGGCACUCAGUGUAUAUCACCCAUUUUACCUCAAG